CGGACCCCUUCCCAGCCUCCCCUCCAGUAUUUGGGGUACUGGUUUAUGGCUGGGAAGGUGGGCAAAUCACUAAAGGUGUGUAGAACUUGAUACCAUCAAACAGGGUCUGAAAAAACACUUUCCAGAUUCCCAAAGUUUACCAGCUAUUCCAUCCCCUGCCAUCCAUAUGACCUAAAACAUACAGUGCCUUUGGGCUGUGGUCAGAAAGCCGCCCCGGGAGGGAGUGGGGGCGGGGUUUGCUGUGUGUAAGGUCAGAGUAGGGGCUAUGAUCUGGGCUUGUACUUGUUUUUGCAAGCUCUAAGGAAAGCAUGUCCUGUCCAGCAUCUAGGAGGGGCAAGCACAGGUCCUGGGCCUUUCUAGGCAGUUUUCAACUUGGUUAACUUCCUGGACCUCUUUAGUUGACGUUAAGUAGAGACUUGAAUUUCCCUCCAGAGAUGUCAGAACAGUGCUCAGUGGCCUGUCACAGAGCCCCAGCCUCAGUUCUCGGCCUCUUUGUGGCUCAGGCGAUGGCCCUGUGGCUUCCACUUGCCAACUUACAGGAUCCUCUUUCCCUUUUCUGAUGGGGGAGGUAGAGGUGUGAGUGGCAGCCGCUGCGAUGCCUGUCCCUUUAAGAGAGAGAGGAAGGGAGGGAAAGAGGAGGGGAGAAAGAGAGAAAGAGAGAGAGCGAGAGAGAGAAGUGAAUCAGGAAGUAUGACAGACCUAAGAGCCUGGGGCUGUGUAUCCCACUGCUAUUAGAGAGGCAGGCGAGAAACCUUCAGGCUCAAGACCAUACUCUGCCUUAGUGGAUCCCGGGGGCCCAUCGCUACCAGGAUCUUCUAGGCACUGCUCAGGAUUGACUUCAAGGCCUGAACCCCUGAGGGUGCCACCCAGUCCCACAAGUCCGCAUUCCCCUGCAGCUGAGAUGGGAGAUGGGCUUGGCUCCUGGACUUGCCCCAGACAGAAAGCAUAGCACAGACCUGCCAGGGAGAGUCUUUGCCUGAUUCUAGGCCCCUUGGAGUGCAGGAGGAAGGAUGCAGAGUACCACUAACUACCUGUGGCAUACUGAUGACCUGCUAGGGCAGGGGGCCACUGCCAAUGUGUACAAGGCCCGGAAUAAGAAAUCCGGGGAGGUGGUUGCUGUAAAGGUCUUCAACUCAGCCAGCUACCGGCGGCCCCCUGAGGUACAAGUGAGGGAGUUCGAGGUCUUGCGGAGGCUGGAUCAUGAGAACAUCGUGAAGCUAUUCGCAGUGGAGGAAACGGGAGGCAGCCGGCAGAAGGUGCUAGUGAUGGAGUACUGCUCCAGUGGGAGCCUGCUGAGCGUGCUGGAAGACCCUGAGAACACAUUCGGCCUUCCUGAGGAGGAGUUCCUGGUGGUACUGCGCUGUGUGGUGGCUGGCAUGAACCACCUGCGGGAGAAUGGCAUUGUCCACCGUGACAUCAAGCCCGGGAAUAUCAUGCGCCUGGUAGGCAAGGAGGGGCAGAGCAUCUACAAGCUGUCUGACUUCGGGGCUGCCCGGAAGCUGGACGACGAUGAGAAGUUUGUUUCUGUCUAUGGUACAGAGGAGUACCUGCACCCUGACAUGUAUGAGCGGGCAGUGCUUCGCAAACCCCAGCAAAAGGCGUUCGGGGUGACAGUGGAUCUCUGGAGUAUUGGGGUGACCUUGUACCACGCAGCCACCGGUAGUCUGCCCUUCAUCCCCUUUGGUGGGCCCCGGCGCAACAAGGAGAUCAUGUAUAGGAUCACCACAGAGAAGCCAGCUGGGGCCAUUUCCGGGACUCAGAAGCAGGAAAAUGGUCCCCUGGAAUGGAGCUACAGCCUCCCCAUCACCUGUAGACUGUCUGUGGGGCUGCAGAGUCAGCUAGUGCCCAUCCUGGCCAACAUCCUGGAGGCCGAACAGGCUAAAUGCUGGGGCUUCGAUCAGUUCUUUGCAGAGACCAGUGACAUCCUGCAGCGAACUGUCAUCCAUGUCUUCUCCCUGCCCCAGGCGGUUUUGCAUCACAUCUACAUCCAUGCCCACAACACGAUUGCCAUCUUUUUGGAGGCUGUAUAUGAACAGACCAACGUGGCCCCCAAACACCAAGAAUACUUCUUCGAGGGUCACCCUUGUGUCCUCGAGCCAAGCCUCUCAGCCCAGCACAUCGCCCACACAGCUGCCAGCAGCCCUCUAACUCUGUUCAGCAUGGCCAGCGACACACCCAAGGGGCUGGCCUUCAGGGACCCUGCUCUGGAUGUCCCAAAGUUCGUCCCUAAGGUUGACCUACAGGCCGAUUACAGCACCGCUAAGGGCGUGCUGGGCGCUGGUUACCAGGCCUUGUGGCUGGCGCGGGUCCUGCUGGAUGGACAGGCGUUGAUGCUUCGAGGGUUACACUGGGUCCUGGUGGUGCUUCAGAACACGUGCCAACAGACACUGGAGAUCACACGGACAGCCCUCCUCUUCCUCAGUAGCAGCCUGGGCACUGAAAGGCUCAGCAGUGGAGCUGGGAUGCUUGACAUCCAGGAACUAAAGGAAGCCACGGAGCUGAGGUCCAGGCUGCAGACUUUCUCAGAGGUCCUGUCUAAGUGUUCCCACAAUGUCACAGAAACCCAAAGGAGCCUGAGUUGUCUGGUUGGAGAGCUUUUGAAGAGCCGGGAUCAGAUUCAUGAGGAUAACAGAAGUAUCCAGAAGAUUCAGUGUUGUUUGGACAAGAUGCACUUCAUCUACAAACAGUUCAAGAAGUCUAGGAUGAGGCCAGGCCUCAGCUACAAUGAGGAGCAGAUCCACAAGCUGGAUAAGGUAAAUUUUAGUCACCUAGCCAAGAGGCUGCUGCAGGUGUUCCAGGAGGAGUGUGCACAGACGUAUCAGGUGUCACUGGUCACACAUGGCAAGCGGAUGAGGCAGGUGCAGAAGGCCCAGAACCACCUGCACCUCAUUGGCCACUCCGUGGCUACCUGUAACUCAGAAGCCCGGGGAGCCCAGGAGAGCCUGGCCAAGAUGUUUGAUCAGCUCCUCCUGGACAGAGCUUCCAAACAGGGAGCUGAGGUCUCACCACAACCUAUGGCAACUCAUCCCGGCCCCGAUCCGAAGGACCUGGUCUUCCAGCCAUCCCCUGCUCCGUGGCCUCUGCAAGUGGGCUCUGGACCAAGUAACCUGGGCCUCAGCCACCCCGUUCUUGUGCCUUGGACAGCAUGCAGGAACUUUGUAAUGAUAUGAAGCUAUUGGCCUUUGAUCUCCAGGACAACAACAGACUCAUCGAACGGCUACAUAGAGUUCCACCAACACCAGAAGUCUGAGCCCCCUGGGGGUGCACAAGGCACUCGGAAGCAAUAGAGUCAUUCAUACCGUACCCCUGCACUGCAAGACCAAAUUCAGGGCAAGUUCUGGUCCCAUCUCACUAGCCUACCUCCCUCUUGGCCAUUGGCCAACAAAUUAGCAUUACUUUGACUGCCUGUCCUCUUGGGAAGCAGCCAGCACAGGGACUCCUGGCCAUUCAGGGCAGUACCCGCAAGAGAGACCAUGUGGCUACCUACCACUGCCUCAUUGAGACACCAAGACUGUUUUUCCUCACCCAGGCCAGGAGGUCUGAACUCAGGCGGGUCUCGGGGAGAAAAGCCUCAGUCCUCUCACACUCUGCACUUCCCAGGACCAGCAGGCCUCUCCUGUGGCUUCUCCAGGAGGUUGGAUAAGUGGGCUUAUUCUUCACCGUUUUCCAUGCUGUUUCCUGAGUCCCAUCCUUGGCCGCAGGCGACCCACAAAUGGCCCCUCUGUGUUUGGUCUGGAUGCACCUGCAUUUGAGAAAGUGGGAAGUUGAGGCCAACGGCUGGUGCUUUAGGGAUCCUUUGCCUUUUCUCCCUGAGGAACCCUUGAUUCUGAGAAACAGCUGGUUGGUAUCAAGCAUAGCCAUGCCAACUGGACAGAUGUUAGAACCCAGAGUCCUAAGGAGAGAGAAGGCCUGUACCUCCCUUCAGACAUGGAAUAAAUGUACCGCCUUUUCUGUUUUCCUACAA